AUGUUUGGAGGUUCGAGAAGGCACCGUCAGGCCAAUCAGCCAUUGACCGCCGCCACCGCAAACCCUAAUGCUGCGACUGCAGCUGCUUCAGCCUUUGCGCGACGCGCAUCCAACUCGUCUCUGUCAUCUGCCGCCGCCGCCGCCGCGUUGCGAUCCCGACCUACGACGCCCAUUAAUGUCGCCGAAGUACAAACAAAGCGGACGCAAAGGCGCAGCCGAUCGGUCUCGUCGCAACGGAGUCAGGACACCCGGAGGGAACUGCAGCGAUCGCCUAGCCAGAGCUCCAUGACCGAACGAACAUUCCGCUCACCUUCGCCACACCGAACCCCAAUGGCUGCCGCCGAUGCGCCCCCGGUCCCGACAAUCCCAGACGACAUGCGAUCCAUCACGAGCCAGAGCUCUUCUCAUAAGAGGUCGACGAGCCUCCAGAUGCAGCCGUUUCGCGUAGCGAGUCAGAAGAACAAAGAUGGCGCCGGAUCGUGGUUUGGGGCCGCACACGAGGGCAACUUGGCCAACGUGAGAACGUCGGAUGCCCCAAUGCGUGUCGCCUCUCCAGAGUCUCGCCCGGGAGCUGUAAGCCCAACUUCUUCUAUAAAUUUUUCAUAUCCGAGGGUGCCAGGCGCAUCGCCCCCGGCAUCACCAACCGUCGAGAGCAUUUCAAUGACAAGUAGCCAGCGAUUUGUCUCGCCCCGCCGAACGGAAUCUGUAGCGUCGCGCACCACAACGGCGCCCGAUCAAUCACUUGUGUAUGACCCCAAUUCCAGGAGAAUGGUCCCAAGAGUGAACUUGCUGGUAAGCGAACACAAAGUUCGGGAUGCUGCUGAGAAGCCCGCCAAGAAGACCAAACACCAGCAAGGAUUGUCCAGAAGCGGCUCUCACUUGGCCAAAGGCACGAUGGGUAGAGUGCAAGGUACUGCGGUCGCAGCUGAAGAGCCCACACACACACCAACACCGGCACUGAAGCAAAAACCACAAGUUCGGGUUCCUACCGGGGCUCCCGAGCAAGAUCACCCGCAAAAGCAAUCUCUGGUUAAGGAGACUGUGCAGCCGAAAACCGCACUAGCGCACCCACGGCAACCGUCUCCAGCACCUGCUGUAACUACCAAACAGCUUUCUCAGCGUGAAGAAGAAGCAACUCAUGUUCAAUCGACAAGCAGCCCGGAGAAAGAGCAACCGAUCGUGCAGGAUGUUCGGAAAAGCGAUGGUGCUACUAUUCUUCCGCAUUCAGAGCCUCGCCAAGGCGCUCCCAUACUAGGAAGGAAGCCUUCUAUAGUACAGGAGGAAUCGGAGGACGAUCUCGAGGAUUCAGAUGAGGCCGAAGCCACGCAACCGCCGGUGCGCCACGAUAUUUCCGAUGUUCUUGACGCAAUACCUGUGAGGUCUUCAGCUCCCCCAAAGCAACCAACGCUGUCAUCCGAAAGCACAGUUGUUGAAGCUCCAGCACACGUGUCGUCUCAAAGGCAACCCAGUCCUGCACAGCUUAAGCAGCAUGGCAGUAUCAGAAACGGACGUGCGCACUCGAGCAGUCCUGCAAGAUCAGCACGCUUUGCAUUAGGCGCAGAUCAACUAGCCAUCAGGCACGAGCCCCCUCCGCGAUCUGUCUCCCCUCGAAAGUCCGCUAUGAAACAUUCAAUUAGUCCAUCUCGUGGCGCCUCACCCUCAGAUGAGGGCUCUGAAGCGUCUGGCCCAAGUCGGUUUGGCAGCGAGGCCACCGCAGUGGAGGCGCCAAUGCCACGCAAAAAGGGCGUGCGGGUCAGCUUUGAUGACGAGAAUACCAAGGUCGUAGGGCAAUCAGCCGCGAAGCCCGAGCUCGAUCCGCCUCUUCCUCUGAGUCCCCAAUAUACGAAGCGGCAUUGGUACAACCAUCUGGGCAGAAGCCGGAAAAAAGAUGCUGUUGCUCUGGAUGAAGACGAAGUCAUGCAGCCACGACCGGCUUUACCCACGUUUGGAAGCGUUCGUGAGAAGAUGCCGCGGGACAGUGAGGAGGAACGGCCCCUCGUUCGGCCGACCGAAUCUCCUACACUGUCUGGGCCGGAUACACCGGAACGCACACCAGACCGUUCAAACCCAGUUGGACAGUCCAACGAUCACAAUGUCGGCGCGAUUCUUCAUCUUCAAGAGCAGACGGCUAGAAACCCUGCAAACAUAUCGAGGUUCAGAGAGCCAUUGCCACCCGUGGUCACGUCGAUGGAAGGCAGCGGGUAUUAUUCCCCCAGCAACACAAGCUCGGAAGACGAGGGUGAGGUGGAAGUUUUCCAAGAUUCGGAGGUUGUCCAGGAGCCCGCGCCGACUUUGCCUCCUGCGCAAGUCAAAGAGGAGAUCAUUGCAGACCAUCCUGAUUUGGCCAACCAUGCGCAGUAUACAACAGCUCCUGUUCACGAGAACAACACUGAGCGUCAAGUGGAAUCCGUCCCUUUUAUAUCCGUCAUUCAGCCAACACCAACCCCUAGGGAGGCUGCUAGCAAUGAUCCGGCGAGCUUGUCAGGCCCAAGUUACUUUGACGUUCCGGGAGGGUUCCCAAAUGACGACAGCGAAGACAACGUCCCGCACACUCGCGCUGAGUCUUCCACGGAGGUGAAGAAGGAAGAUCAGCUGAUGUCGACUGCCGUAUCCAAUGGCGCAGCCAAAUCUCCCACAAAAUCUAUCCCUCAUCCAGCCUCCAUCGAAGAAUCUGCUUCCGAGGGUGAUAGCAUCUACAGCGACGCCUACGAAGACCUCUCAGAUAUUGAUGGGGAUGGUUUCAUGUCGCUCGACGCCAUAAUCGCAACACCCGUCUCUAAUAAGGUGUCCCAGAAACUGUACCAGAAGGCUUUGGCAAACUCGCAUCAAGAGACUGCUGACAUCGCCGAAGCCUCCGGAACCCAGUACGCGCCGGACGUUUCACCGCUGUCCAGUACCUCGCAACAACCUGAGGAUGAGUGGGAGAAGGCUAAGCUCUACUGGAAGGGUUUGACAAGUGACAAGCGGAAGCAGCUUGAACAAGAAGCAUUCGAGGAAGCCGGGGCCGAAGCCGACCUCGAAGAGGUAGUCCAGCCCGUGAAGCCCAAGAGGAAGAAGUCUGUCCGGAAGAGCGACCCAGUUGAACAGCAGCAGGCGUCUACCAACCCAGAGCGUGUUUACCAAAUCCAACCUGGGACUAAAGCCGUCGAUGACGAAGACGAAGCAGAGCCUCCAAUCGUCAUGCGGAAGAUUAUGCGAGGACGGCAGGGUCAAGAGACUGCGUCGGCGAAUGGAACACUCCAGAAGACGAUGCGCGGCACGCCGAUCCAGCCGUCCACGGCUAUGAACACUAGCAUGCGGAAGACGAUGCGAUCAGAGAACCAAGCUCCUCGGGGCUCCCACCAAGGACAGCCUGCGGCUCCAGGAGGCAUGAGGAAGUCUAUGAGACAGAAUGGCUCGUCUCAAGCCAGGUCUGUACCCCAGCAACGGGCAAACCCGGCAACAUCGGCUAGCCAGAAUGCUCGCUCUAAGCACCUCUCUAUGGACAGCACCAUGUCGAGCGUUGAGAUGGCGAAAGCUAUGCAGGCAACGAUGCAGUCAACAAGUCGCCGACGAGCAUCUGAUUCCAGCGAGACCAGUUUCCGACGGGCUCGGCCAAAGCAGGAAGGAUUCGGUUUCCGAAAAUCGAUGCGGGCCAAUGCAGAGGCCGAGCAGGCGGCAGCUGGUAGGAACUCGCGCUUCAGCCUCCGGUCAAUGUCACCUCCCGCUUCGCCAUCUCAGCCGCCGAUCAGUAUGGGCAAUCGUACGACUAUGCGGGGCACGCUGCGAAGCGAUUCGAGUGACGGAAGUACGCGUCGCAUGCGUCUGCCCUCUUUCGGCAAGUCGUCUUCCAAAACAGUGACUGGAAAAGCUGGAAAGAGCCGCUUUGGCGACUCUAGCGACGAGGAAGAAGCCGGGCCUUCUGGAUUCCGGAGCCGGUUUGUCGAUUCAAGCGAUGAAGAAGAAAAACCGGCGCACGCGUCCGCCUCGCACAACGUGCCAAAGAGCAUGCGCGCAUCGAGCUCCGCUGCGGCAGCUGCAAUGAAGGUUCCCUCCCCGCGACGCGAUGGGAAGGCGGAGGAGUCUCCGGACUUGCCUGACAGUAGCGACGAGGAGACGUCACCGCUGCCGGUUCUACAAAAGCCCAAACUAUCUCCGAGAAAGAUCUCUAGCGCUAGUGGCCGCUUAGUGAAGUCUCAGUCGGAUGGUCAUGGUUUGCAACAGUCUGGUUCUCCCCGCGGAGCACUUAUGGAGUCAUCCACGACCCCUGCUGUCGGAACCCGGCCUAAUCACGAGCGCAGAGGUAGCUUCCUCUCUAUACUUCGGCGCAGAAAGGACUCUGACGCCGGGAAGAUCUCCCGACCCGUCGCCAGCGAGAGCGGUGCCCGGAUGGACACGAAACUCGAGCGCAGCGCCUCUGAAAUUUCGGCCCUCCGUGGCACAAACGGGUCGAAGCUCCAGAAGCUACCCAUGGAGAACUGGCCGCUCGUCGAGGAGACUUUUGACGAGGAGAAGCGGCCGAUGACGGCUGAUAACAACAAGCCCAUGGACGCGUCCAGGCCGACGUUUAUGAAGCGCCGGAGCACUAACCAGGUGCUCACCUCGGGGUACCACGAGGAUCCAGAGGGGAGCGUCCAACUAGACCCCUCGGGCAAGAAGAAGAAGAAGUUUGGCACGCUCAGGCGUAUGUUCAAGCUUGAUGACUAG